AUGUCGACUAUCGCCUUGCUCCUCAGCGGUCUGGCCCUUGCCUCCGCCACUCCCACUGGCCUGAGUGAAUCUCUCUUCCCGAGGUCGUCAGUCUCUACCACUGGUAUCUGCGGAGCCUACAACGGAACCGCCACCUGCGCAGGCAGCGCCUUCGGCAACUGCUGCUCCCAGUUUGGCUGGUGUGGCAGCGACACCGGCUACUGUGGCAGCGGAUGCCAGGCUGACUAUGGCAACUGCGGAGUCUCGACCACUCUGGCCUGGAAAAGCCUGGGCUGUUACUCCGACAGCACGCUCGCCCGCGCACUCAACACCUCCGAGAACGUAUCCGGUGGCACCGUUCAGGCGUGCCAGUCUACCUGUCAGGGUCUGGGCUUCACCUACGCCGGCAUGGAGUACGGUACACAGUGCUUCUGUGGCAUGGCUAUCAUGAACGGUGCUGCUCAGAUCGACUCAUCCAACUGCAACGUCGCGUGCCCCCAGGACUCCUCUGAGGUCUGCGGUGGGUCCAACGCGCUUAGCAUGUAUACGGUUGUGCCCGUUUGGCAAAGCAUCGGCUGCUACUCCGAUACCACCCUCAAGCGUACCCUUGCUCACUCGGUCAAUGUUGCUGGUAACACCGUUGAGAAGUGCCAGGCUGCCUGUAAGGACAAUGGAUAUAUCUACGCUGGUAUGGAGUAUGGAAGUCAGUGCUUCUGUGGCAACACCAUUGAUAAUGGUGCUACCCUUACUUCUGGCUGUGGUACCGUCUGUUCCGGAGACUCGGCGGAGAUCUGCGGUGGCGCGAAUGCCCUGAGCAUGUACUACCUCUUCGAGUAG